AGAUCGCCACACUCCCUCUCUUCAGUCAGCUUAAGCUCGAAUAAUACAGUGUCUGAGGAAAAGACGGACAUGGACGACGCCGAUGAAGGGGAGACCCCUGCCGGCGUAGUUGUGGACGAGAAAGAUCGGGAGAAGCUAGGGUUUAUAGAGAUCGAGAAAAUGGGGGAUCAGCACGAGGAGACUCUCUACGGUGUUCUUCAUCGCCUACUCGCCGAUAUUUUCUUCCCCGGUUCCUCUGCUCCCGCUUCUCUGCUUGAGAGGACUAGAGCUUCGUUCCGUGAUAAUGGCCCUUUGCUCCGAGAAGCGUCUAGAAACUCCAGCAGGAACCUUCUCCUGUGGACUCGCCAAGGCAGCCCUCUUUGCGCUUUGCUCGUAAUCCCCGUUGGCACAAUCGUGUUUCUGGCUUUGACUGGAUUACUGGUUUUUAUGCUUUUCUUUCUGGCAGCAACCUUCAAUGCAAUUAUUAUUUCACUUCUAAUGUCCUUGGCAGCUGUGGGUGGCUUUCUGGCUCUUUUCUUUGCCUGCAUGACAGCAAUCUAUAUUGGUGCAUUAUCAAUAGCCGCAUGUGUUAUUUCCACAGCAGCAAUUUCAGCAAUAUUUGCUGUUGUGAUAGCUACAGGUUGGAUUGGAUUCUUGUGGACUGUGUGGUUGGCAACGAAGAAAACUGUGGGCCUCGCCAAGCACUCAUUCUGUAUUACUGGAUCAGCACUAUCAGCAUAUUCUGCUGCUAGACAAGUUCAUCACCAUCGAACAAACAAGGUUGACUGAAGGCAGGUAAUGGGAGAAAUUUGGAGCUUUGUCUACAUCUGGUCAUGUUUACCUUGAUUGUUUAUUUAUGUUUUGCUUCUUUGUCUACUCUCCUGGGAAUGAUGUAAACCUAAAUCAUUCUGUGUUGGUUCUGUUAAAUAUAGUGCCAUGUAGUGAGUCCGACCUAGUUUUUGAACUUUCAUGCAUGUAUCAAAGAAUAUGUAAUGACCAUUACUAGUUAUAUACUGAAUUGAGGAUAUAACUCCA